CAAAUUAACUUCUCCCAGUUCUUCCAUCAGACCGAACAGUAAUCGGUUCCACAGUUAAACUCUUUGCCUUUUGGGAAAAAAAUAAGUAUAAACUGGGGUAAAAUAGAGACUUUCAGUCCGAAAGCAUGCAGCAAUCUUUGUUUUGAACAACUGGAAAGGCACGGUUGGAUCGCCCGCAUUCUGCGCAACUGCGUGAGGUCAGGAGAACUUGCAUGCGUGUGGUAACACGUUGAAAUGAUAGGAAGUGAAGAUUGGUGGUAAGGCAUUCGGCUUCUGUACUGGGUGAAAGAAACGGAAAUAUUUUAUGUACAGUGCUAACUGCCUUUCAGAUCGGGGUCUUGCAGUCAUUUCAAGGAAUUCUUCCGUGGGUAAGCAGCUGUUUGUCAUGAAGAUCGAAUUUGCCCCUAUAAAUAUCCCUCUGAGGAGAAGGAUACAGACGUUUGCUGUUCUCAAGUGGAUCUUCACAUUUUUGAUCUUAGGUCAAAUCUGCCUGUUGCUCUUUGGGGUGCUCAUCUUGGCUGGUCACUGGUAUGUUGUUGCACUUUACUGUGUUUGGUUGUAUCUUGACUGGGAGACACCAAAUCAGGGUGGAAGAAGGUCAGAGUGGGUCAGAAACUGGACUAUCUGGAAUUACUUCCGGGACUACUUUCCUAUUCAUCUUGUGAAAACAACGGAUCUGGAUCCACAAUACAACUAUCUGUUUGGAUAUCAUCCUCAUGGGGUGCUAGUAGCUGGAGCCUUUGGAAACUUUUGCAGUGAAGCUACAGGAUUUCAGAAGUUGUUUCCAGGUUUGACCUCAUAUCUGUGCAUACUGCCAGUCUGGUUCAAGCUUCCAUUUUACAGGGAUUACAUCAUGUGUGCAGGUCUUGUCUCAUGUGUGAAGAGAAGUGUUUCUCACGUUCUGAGUAGGAAGGGAGGCGGGAAUGUGGCUGUCAUUGUGAUAGGCGGUGCUGAGGAAUCUCUGGCUGCCAGACCUGGAGCACUAACUUUGAAAAUCCUUAACAGGAAAGGUUUUAUUAAACUGGCCAUAAAACAUGGGGCACAUCUGGUUCCAGUCUUUUCCUUUGGGGAAAAUGAACUCUUUAAUCAGGUAAACAAUCCAAAAGGAUCACUUCUUCGGAGAAUGCAGGAAAUAUUAAGGAAGAUUGCAGGAUUUACGUUGCCAUUGUUCCAUGCCAGGGGUGUCUUCCAGUACACCUUUGGUCUGUUACCAUAUAGGAAGCCUAUUUACACCAUAGUAGGAAAACCAAUAAUUGUACAGCAAAACCACACACCGUCAACUGAAGAGAUUGAAGCACUACACAAAAAGUAUACCGAUGCAUUAAAUAAAUUAUUUGAAGAACACAAAGUUCAGUAUGGUAUUCCAGAAAAAGAUCAUCUCCUUUUCACUUGA